GUGGGAGUUACUUGGAUACGACCGAAGAGACGACGGAGCUGUCAAACGGCAACAAUCGCCUGAAAUAUUACCCCGGGCGCUACAAAAAAAAAAAAGAAAGAAAAACAAACAAACAAAAACAUCGUACUUUGCUCUUUUUGUGAAAACGACUGCGACAGAAGCAGACUAUGAGUGUAGCUUCUGGGAAUUCGGACUUUUUUUUAGUCGCCGCGACGUGAAACUUGUUUUGUGUGUUGCUUGUACGGUUCCAGGCUAAUGUCUGUUAGCUCUCUCCUGCUGAGCUCAAGUUUGUUGACAAACUAGCCCUCUCCGGAGCUGGCCCUCCCUAUCGGCUUUUUGCUGCCUCGGCGCCGGCUUGUUCUUUUUUCGAGAAAUGCUGCGCGUUACCGACAUGGAAGUAACCGCGGACUGCUGUUGUAAACACCUCCGGGGAAUAAUCACAGGUCUCCACGAACUCACCAUACCACUGUCAAACAUGUGAAGGCCUUCUUUUCUUGACGGACUCCCCACUUACAAGCAGUUAGGACCUGGAUUAGUGGGAAGCUUCUUGAAUGCAGCCAGGCUUCGUUACCAGGGACGCCCUUAAACAACAUUUGAAAACUGAAGUCUAUGUGUUUGACGUAUUUUCUCCCACGACACAAACGGAGUAGAUACUGCGCUGCCGUGAAUCCCUCGGCCCCGUUAAAACAAUCGAGUCCUCUUGUCAUGUGGGUACAUUACAGAAAAAGGCCCAUAUUACCCUCACUGGUAUCACCGUCUUUCACAUCGCCAUGGACCGGAACAAACGCAACUCCAUCGCUGGGUUCCCGACGCGACCUGAACGCCUCAACGAGGACAAAGAUGGUGUCGGAGGGGUAGGAUUCGGCGAGAGUGGGAUGGGCCCAACUCCGCAGGUGGGCAGGGUGUGGCCGUCGUCCUACAGAGCCCUCAUCAGUGCCUUCUCCUGUCUUACACGCCUCGAUGACUUCAGCUGUGAGUGGAUCGGCUCUGGAUUCUUCUCCGAUGUCUUUAAGGUACAUCAUCGAGCUUCAGACCAAGUCAUGGCUCUGAAGAUGAACAAGCUCAGCAGCAACAGAGCUAACAUGUUGAGAGAGGUCCAGUUAAUGAACCGGCUUUGUCAUCCAAACAUACUCAGGUUUAAGGGAGUGUGCGUCCACGAAGGCCAGCUUCACGCUUUGACGGAGUACAUCAACGGUGGAAACCUGGAGCAGCUUCUCGACAGCAACAAGCACUUGAGCUGGCCCGCCAGGGUGAAGCUAGCCAGCGACAUCGCCAGCGGUCUGGCGUACUUGCACUCCAAAGGCAUAUUCCACCGGGACCUCACCUCCAAGAACUGCCUGAUCAGGUGCGAUGAGAACGGUUACUCAGCAGUCGUGGGAGACUUUGGCCUGGCUGAAAAGAUCCCUACCAAUCUUGCUGAAGUGGAGAAGCUUUCAGUGGUCGGUUCUCCUUUCUGGAUGGCUCCGGAGGUACUGAGGGAUGAAUCCUACAAUGAAAAGGCCGACGUGUUCUCCUACGGGAUAAUCCUGUGUGAAAUCAUCGCGAGGAUCCAGGCCGACCCCGACUUCCUUCCUCGCACCGAGAACUUCGGCCUCGACUACCACACCUUCCAGCACAUGGUCGGAGACUGUCCGCCCGACUUCCUCCAGCUGGCCUUCAACUGCUGCAACAUGGACCCUAAGCUCCGUCCAUCCUUCCCAGACAUCGUGAGGCACCUGGAGGAGAUUCUCGCCCGCCUUAAAGUCGAGGAGAUGGAGCACGAGUGCGUCCCGCUCGGCGGGGACAACGACAAGAAAACCAUCCCUAAAGGUGAGAAGAUCCAGGGUUUCAAGCGUUUGAAUCCGCUCAGUUUCCAGAACGAUAAGAUCCCUCCCAAGUCGCCGCGCCCCCGACGAAACAUCUGGCUCAGCCGCAGCCAGUCGGACAUCUUCUCCUGCAAGCCGGGAAGGAAAGUCAACGUCCAGGACCCGUACUACAACCCCCCCACCGCCCAGAGGGCCUCCAAAGCCCGCAAGAUCAACCCCUUCACGGCCCGGGAGGACCUGUGCGGGGGCAAGAUCAAGUUUUUCGACGUGCCCAGCAAGUCCGUGUUCUCGCUGGUGUUCGACCUGCACUCGCCUCCGGGGAGCGCGUUCAGCAACCAGCCGCCCGCCGGUCCGGGGCCCCAGCAGGAGGCGUCUUAUUACUGGCAGCAGCUACCGGGAAGGCAGUGUCACUCCUUACCUGUGUCCCCACAGCUCCCCCGCUCCGAGAUCUUCCACCUGGCCGCCGCCGUCGGCCCCAGCAACAACAACGGCUCGGUGACCUGUAACCCCGGCCAGCUGUCCACGACUUUUCCAGCCACCAACUCCAGGUUCGACGCAGGGCUGACGGGGAACGACGUCCGACAGAAGGCCGUCCUGAGCGGCUGGGCCAAGAAAUACGUGGUGGUCGAGAUCCCGCCUUACUGCAGGCAGAGAGGAGGGGAGGACGACGAAGAGGCCGAGGGCCCGAGGGAGGGAAGCAUGGAGGACGAGUACGGGGAGGGCUGGUCUCCCAUGGUCCCCAGCAGCGACAGGGACAGUGGAGAGGUGAUGGACUGCUGCAGCAGCCUGGAGACGGAGGAGGGACGAGAGAGGGGGACGGACGCGUGCCCGAUGUAGACGAACCUCUGUCGAACGACGGCGCCAACGAGGAGGUGGAGGUAAAAAUAAAUACGUAGUCUCGGGACUGAAGAGGAGACGACUGGAGGACUCUGGCUCCUCGAUGUGAGGACACGGAGGCAAAUAGAUUUAACAAGGAGAUCAAUAGACUGGACACAUUUCAAAGGUAGUGGGAAAAAACGAGACGCAAAAGAGAAAAAAAAGCACUUGAUUUUCUUCUUUUUUCUUUUCAAAGCGACUUUCAUGUGAAUGUAUCACACGUUUAAAUAAAUCCAACACACAUGAUUUUUAAGAAGCUACCAUCCAGGUGUCUCCAAAUAGCACAAAAAAAAAAAAAAGCUAAGCUUCUGUCAACACAGUGGACACUGCAGAGAGAUUAUUUUUCUGAAAGGUUGUUUAUAUUUAAUAAUGUAAGAUGUAGAUUAUUUUUCCUUUAAGGUUUUUUUUCUUCUUGUCUUGUCUGUGAUGAGAGGUACUGAAGAUCCCUUGUGUUUGUGUGUGUGUUUAAAGAAAAUCUAAAGUGUGUUUUUCGAUACGUCCGUGUUCUUUGUGAGACAAAUCCUCAUACUAAAUCAAAAAAUGAUAAUAAUAAUCCCACAUCUUUGUGA